AUGAUAAGAAAUGUUCAUACCAUUACAUCUCCAAGUGAUCUCUGCUUGGGCUUCUGGGACAGUGAUUCCUCCUCCGCUGUCCAAACACAGCGCUCGGAUCAUCAUGCCUCCGCUGCUCAGAGGAGCUCAGGUGCGUCUCCUCACCUGUCUGGACAUGCGCUGACCAGUGGUCGACCGAUACUGUCGAUCUUGGUGUCGCCGCUGCAGGUCCCCAGCCUCAGACAGCAGCAGAACUCCUCAGGGCCUCCUCCGCUGCUCCUCGCUCCCAGAGCCACGCUGAGCAGCGUCCCGGGACACAAGAUCAUCCAGCCCGGCCUCAUACGCAUGACCUCCAUCCCCAGCACAGGCCUGCUUCUCAGCAUCAGCCAGGUGAUCUCUGCUUGGGCUUCUGGGACAGUGAUUCCUCCUCCGCUGUCCAAACACAGCGCUCGGAUCAUCAUGCCUCCGCUGCUCAGAGGAGCUCAGUGUGGUUGUGAAUGUGCUGCUGUUGUUGGUCAGGUGAUCUCUGCUUGGGCUUCUGGGACAGUGAUUCCUCCUCCGCUGUCCAAACACAGCGCUCGGAUCAUCAUGCCUCCGCUGCUCAGAGGAGCUCAGGUCUCCAGCCUCAGACAGCAGCAGAACUCCUCAGGGCCUCCUCCGCUGCUCCUCGCUCCCAGAGCCACGCUGAGCAGCGUCCCGGGACACAAGAUCAUCCAGCCCGGCCUCAUACGCAUGACCUCCAUCCCCAGCACAGGCCUGCUUCUCAGCAUCAGCCAGGCCGCCGGCUCAAACCUGAAGUCUGGGUCAGGCAUGUCGAACGCUGGUCAGGCGGCUAAACUAGCGCUGCGCAAACAGCUGGAGAAGACGCUGCUGGAGAUCCCUCCGCCCAAACCGUCCUCGCCGCAGCUCACCUUCGUGCCGUCAGCAGCCAGUAACGAGUUCAUCUACCUGCUGGGGCUGGAGGAGGUGGUGCAGAACCUGCUGCAGUCUCUGGGCCGAGGUAAGCAGGGUCUGUACGCCGGUCUGGUGGUCAGCGCUGGAGAGCCGAGCUGCUGCUCUCAGUGUCAGACGGACUUCACCUGCUGCUGGCGCCGAGACGAGGGCGGAGCCGUCAUGUGUGAGCAGUGCAUGUCGUCCAAUCAGAAGAAGCUGCUGAAGGCCGAACACACCAAUCGGCUGAAGGUGGCAUUCGUCAAGGCGCUUCAGCAGGAGCGGGAGAUCGAUCAGCGAGUGCUGCAGCAUGCCACGCCCCCUGCCUCUUCAUCCUCCUCCUCCUCUGCUCACAGGAUGAAGGCCGAUCAGGUCAAAGCGCGCUCCUCAUCUUCAGCUCAGACCGUGAGCCGCUCCGCUGCGGCCGUCAAACAGGUGUCUCAGAGUGCGUCGGCCCGUAGCGUGCAGCCGUCUGCGAUACGUGUCGUUCCUCACGUCUUCUCCCCGUCCUCUCAGCUGCAGAACGCCGUGGCGGCCGCCGCUCUGGUCAGCAGGCCAGGUAAGCAUGCAGAGCGUCAGGGGUCAAAGGUCAGCAGCAGCAGCGCGAGGAAACGGAGCAGCAGCGCAGCAGGUAGAUUCUGCUCAGAACUCGCUCUACUACGGCUAUGCUGUGAGAUCCACUGCUUGAAUUCAGCGAUCUGUCUGAGUCUGAGGUUUUUGUUCUUCCAGGUGUCUCAGAGUGCGUCGGCCCGUAGCGUGCAGCCGUCUGCGAUACGUGUCGUUCCUCACGUCUUCUCCCCGUCCUCUCAGCUGCAGAACGCCGUGGCGGCCGCCGCUCUGGUCAGCAGGCCAGGUAAGCAUGCAGAGCGUCAGGGGUCAAAGGUCAGCAGCAGCAGCGCGAGGAAACGGAGCAGCAGCGCAGCAGGUGUGACCAUGGCCUAUGUGAACCCCAGUCUGUCGGUCCAGAAGCCGGUGGAGCGUCACAGAGAGUAUCUGCUGGACAUGAUCUCGUCUCGCUCCGUCUCACAGACCGCAAACUCCUGGAAGUAGAACCAGGUUCUGGAUUCAUCCGGUUUCUGCAGGUUUCUUCUCUCAAGGGCUUUUAUCGUCACUUCACGUCCUACCAAAAACACCAGAGACGCUUUGUGUGCUGCUGUUACGGCUUAGUUUUAUUUCAUUAUGUAAGUGUGUGUGUGUGUGUGUGUGUGUUUGACGACGUUUGUUCUUCCACAAACAGUUUAUUUUUCAGCUCAUAGAUUCAGAGUCACUCUAAAUUAAUCUGUUGAAGUUUUAUACGUUUGUCAAUAUUUUUUUUCAGUUACUGUAAUUAUAUUGUUUGUAUUUCCAUGCAGCUGAUUCUCGAUAUAUAGCAUUUCUGAAGUAAUUCCACUCAUGAUUGGUUUAGAAGAUCACAAGUGUGCUCAGAUUGUUAUGAGCUGCAGAUUAUUGGUGCAGAGCAUCGGUGUUUAUAAUGAGGAUGAUGAUGAUGAUGAAGGCAGAUUGUUCUCAUGGCUCCGGUUUAAAACUGAUCAUGUUCAUGUUUCCCAUCCAACAGUCCAGGUUUGUUUUGUUGUGCGAUGAUGAUGAUGAUGAUGAUGUCACAACGUCGUGUUUCCAUGGUUACGGACAGAUGCAGCAGCAUGCGUUUGCUUCCUGCAACAUGUACAGAGUUACAGUUUGUUAGAUUUAUUUGUUCCUGUAAUAAAACGUUUUAACCCUUU